AUGGAGCGUAUACCACGGCCGUGUAAUUCAAUUGUUUCGGCUUUGGCCGGAAAAAUAUGGAAAGAACUCCCUAGUGAAUAUAAAAAUUUUAUAAAGAAUUUUGUAAACGACAAACAAGCUUCGUAUAUACCUCAAUCUAAUGUAUUGGAAUACAAUGGAAAUAUUUCGUCAUCGAGUGCUGAUUAUUGGUAUACACUUAAUGGGAAUCAAUGUUCAUAUGAAGGAGAAUUCUUAGAUGGUUACCGAUUUGAAGAAUUUAAUCUGUCACCAGACAGUAGAUAUGGCUAUGAAUACCAUUAUUUACCCGAAUAUCGAUUUGAAGGAUGUAAUUUAUCAUCAGGUCAAUAUUCAAAUGGAUAUCGAUUUAAUUCGCCACUAAUUAACAGAUAUUACAACGGAAGCCAACAUCCGGAAAAUUAUAUGCAUAAAAAUCUUGUUUCCCAAAGUGGAACAUAUAUUUUCACGACUCCGGGUAAUAAGCAACAAGAUCCCGCCGUGUUCACCGAGGUUUUUUCGCCCCAGGGAGUUGAUUUUCAAUAUAAAGAACAAACUCAUAUAGACCUGCACUAA